CGUGCUAAUUUUCUGAUGUUAAACGUAUUUUAAAUAGGAGGAAGAGGAUCCGCUCCACCCGAAACAGGGGUAGAGAUGCAACUAGUGUCAGUGUGUACGAGGUAAUAGAAGUGCGUGUGGCGUGAGUAGUGCGGACAAUGAUGGCGUUGUGAGCAGCAGGCGGCACCACGGCUUCGUCAGUGGCAGGGGGCGCGCGGGGAGCAGAGUCUCCUACGCAGGCCAAUCAAGACACGGUGGAUAACGCAACUCCCACCUGCUGGUGGGCGGCGUGGUCGGCCAUGGGGUGCUUUGGCUCACCAGGAGGCAAGAGCGGCAGUGAAGGUGAUGAUCUCAAGUCCCAGAAACGCCGCAGUGAUGCUAUCACCAGGCAGCUGCAAAAGGACAAGCAGCUGUAUCGCGCGACGCAUCGAUUGCUACUACUGGGCGCGGGCGAGUCCGGCAAGUCGACCAUCGUGAAACAGAUGCGGAUCUUGCACGUGAACGGCUUCUCGGACAAGGAGCGCCGGGAGAAGAUCGAGGACAUCAAGAAGAACAUUCGAGAUGCGAUACUAACAAUCACGGGUGCAAUGAGUACCCUGACGCCUCCUAUACCGCUUGAGAAACCGGAGAACAAGGCCCGUGUGGAUUACAUACAGGACGUGGCGUCGCAGCCCGACUUCGACUACCCGUCGGAGUUCUACGAGCACACGGAAGCGCUGUGGAAGGAUCAGGGUGUGCAGCGCACGUACGAGCGCAGCAACGAGUACCAGCUCAUCGACUGUGCCAAGUAUUUCCUGGACCAGGUGCAUAUAAUAAAGCAGCCGAAUUACACGCCGACGGAGCAGGACAUACUGCGCUGCCGAGUGCUCACGUCCGGCAUAUUCGAGACGCAGUUCGUCGUCGACAAAGUCAAUUUCCACAUGUUCGAUGUGGGUGGCCAACGCGACGAGCGACGUAAAUGGAUCCAGUGCUUCAACGACGUAACGGCGAUCAUAUUUGUGACGGCGUGCUCCUCGUACAACAUGGUGCUGCGGGAGGACCCCACGCAGAACCGCCUGCGCGAGUCGCUCGACCUCUUCAAGAGCAUAUGGAAUAAUAGGUGGCUGCGCACGAUAUCGGUGAUCCUGUUCCUGAACAAGCAGGACCUGCUGGCGGAGAAGGUGACGGCGGGCAAGUCCCGGCUGGAGGACUACUUCGCGGAGUUCGCGCGCUACCACACGCCGCCCGACGCCGCCCCCGACCCCAGGGACGCGCCCGACGUCGCCCGCGCCAAGUACUUCAUCCGCGACGAGUUCCUGCGCAUCAGCACUGCGAGCGGCGACGGCAAGCACUACUGCUACCCGCACUUCACGUGCGCCGUCGACACCGAGAACAUCAAGCGCGUGUUCAACGACUGCCGCGACAUCAUCCAGCGCAUGCACCUGCGCCAGUACGAGCUGCUCUAACGCGCCCACACGCACCGCCGACAAAGUCAAGAGAAGCGCAUAACGAGUACCGCCGGCGGCGGUCCCCGAC